AUGGUUCUUCAUUGUUGUGUGAAAGGUUGUGUAAAAACACAGAAGGAUAUUAGUUUACAUGUGAUUCCUAAGAAUUUUGAGAAGUUUAAAGAUUGGACAAUAGCGAUUGAUCGAACGGACAUCGAAUACUCGAAACGUGAAAACUAUCAUGUCUGCGAUUUACAUUUCGCCGACGAAAUGAAACUCCAGGCUUCAACAGGAAAAUUGCGAACUAACUUAAAGCCUAAUGCUUUUCCUAGCCUCCACUUAAGUAGAUCGCCUAUUGCUUCUACGAGUCGAAAGAUUAUGGCCAUAAAUAUCGAAGAAGAACAAAUUCGACCUGCGUUUCAAAUAGAUUUGAAGAAAAAAAUGUAUUUACUAAAAGAAGGAAAUGUGAGAAGGGUGAAAGAACUAUCGAAAACAGCAAGAAAAUAUUACCAUAUUGCGAAAGAUAUGUUAAAACUUGCUCGAAAGUUGAAAGAUAAAAAUGAAACAUAUCUUAAAAGAUUGGAAAAUAAUGUUUUUAUUUUAUACAAGGGUGUGGGUUCCGAAUGUAAAUAA